CAAACCUGAAACUCACAUACCGAACAAUUGGUCGCGAGCUUUCGAACGAUCGCCAUGUUUACGGAAGAAAAAGUGGAAGAAAAACUUAGCAAACUGCCAUUUGUUAAUUAUGUCAAACAAAGAUUUAACCUUGGUCAGUAUAACCAAGAAGAACAACGGAGAGCAAUUGUACAGAAAUCCGGGCACUACAGAGUGAAAUACACGGGACUAAAAGAGUACCGCGCCAAAUUCUUCCAAGACCUUUACAUAACUCUCAUUGACCUAAAAUGGCGGUAUGCUUUGGCUGUGCUCUUCAAUGUCCAUCUUUUGUCGUACUUUUUUUUCGCCCUCAUGUGGUAUUGGAUGAUGUAUAACCAUGGGGAUCUCGACCACCUAAACGAUCCCAAGUGGGAAUCAUGCGUCGCAGGCGUCCACAGUUUCGGUGACGCCAUGCUGUUUUCCAUCGAAUCCCAAACGACCAUCGGAUACGGUUUCGCCUAUCCAAAUACAGACUGUGGUGGCGCCCUUCCACUUCUCUUUGUACAGAUCACAGUCGGUAUUCUGUUGGAAAAUGUCCUCCUGGGCUUCAUUUUUGUCAAAUUUGCUCAGCCAAAGCGUCGGAGGAAGACCAUAAUGUUCAGUAAAGUGGCAUGUGUUGCGCAAGAGGAAGGCGAUCUUUGUCUGCAGAUUCGCGUAGGAGAUAUGCGACAAAGCCAUCUUAUUGAUGCCAAAGUACACGGAAUCCUCAUCAAAAGACACGUUACCCGGGAAGGAGUAGCCUACCCUUUGUUUCAACACGAUGUCCAUUUCCAGGCCAACAAAAUGGGGGAUACCAUAAUGCUUAUGUGGCCCCUUAUUUUAAGUCAUAGAAUCACACAAGAGAGCCCGUUUUGGGAUAUAAGGCCAUCCGAUUUGUCCUCUGAAGCUUAUGAACUUGUGGUUUGUAUUGAGGGAACCUUGGAAACAACUGGGGAGUUUUGUCAAGCUAGAACUUCCUAUCUGCCUUCGGAAAUCCUUUGGGGUCAUCGAUUCGAUCGUAUUGAGGAAUUUGACGCUGGCAAUGGCAGAUGGGAGAUUGACUUUUCUGGCUUUAACGAUGUCGUUUAUAUAACUAAUAUACGACACAGCGCCAAAGAACUGAACCCUUACAGAGAAUACAGAAUGUCGAAGGAGGAAAGCGAAGCAACAACAAAGGAGAAGGGAUUAUCGAUAAGUCUCCAUUCUGUGGCUUAUGAUCUGCCUCCCGAGUUUCCCUCAGCCUCCAACUCAACAGAGUACCAGAAGUCUGGUAGUCCUAAGCUUUUAACCCGUGGUCUUAGCCAAAUGGACGAACUGGAACGAAGCAGACUCUCGCUAGAAAUGGAAGCAGAGAACCGCGAGGAAGAACUAACAGAAAAAACCCCGAUGGAAAAAUCCGAAGAGCAGGCCCAACGCCCUGCUGACGAUGCCGAAGAAGAGGAGGAAGAGACUCCAUUAGAGCAUGACCUUGGAGAUAGAAAACCUUUAGAGCAUGACCUUGGAGACGGAAAACCGCCAAUCAAAGAGAAGGCUGAGUCUGACGUAUCCGAUGACGACACCAUAGGUCAGGACGAGGCUGAGGAAGAAGAGAACUUUCAUGAUGUAGCGUCCUCGUGAUGUCAGCAAGAAAUCGUGAUUUUGUUCUUACUUUAGUUGAAUGGAUAUGAGAUGUAAACAAUUUCAAAGACUGUUAAAGCAAUUAAUGUUCAGUUACCGAAGUUGAUUUCUUUCAUUCGUUCAUGCAUAAUACCAAAUCCAUUUUGUAAAUAAUCUACAAAUUAAAUUGUGUUUUCCUACAUUGAUGUGUGCACAAAUAAAAAAAAAUGUUUUAAAAUUCUAAUGAAUAUGACUUAGUUUCAUUAUCA